UCAGGUGAGUUACCUGUGCCGGGCCAGGUGGGGGGAAGGCGGCUCAGGCACAGCUGGACACACCUGGAACACACCUGGGCACACCUGAGCUCACCUGAGGCACAUGUUGAGGUACACAAGACACACCUGAGCACACCUGGACUCACCUGAGACUCACCUGAGGAUAUUUCAGACACACCUGGACUCACCUGAGACUCACCUGAGGGCACUUCAGACACACCUGAGCUCACCUGCCCUCACCUGUCCCCGCAGGCGGCCGUGUCCCGGGGCGUGCAGGUGCUGGUGGACGCCGAGAUGUCUCACCUGAACCCCGCCCUCACCUGCCUCACCUGGGGGCUGAUGUGGAGACACAACCGGGACACGCCCCGAGCCUGGGUCUGGCACACCUGGCAGGCGUACCUGAGGGAGGCCGAGUCUCACCUGGGCGCUCACCUGGCGCAGGUGGGCGGGGCCGGGCUCAGCUGCGGGGUGAAGCUCGUGCGCGGGGCUUACCUGGCCCAGGAGCAGGGGCGGGCCCGGGCCCGGGGCGGCCCCGCCCCCACCUGGGACACACCUGAGCAGACCUCGCGCAG